CUACAGCGCGCAGUCCGGAGCCAGGAAUUGUACAAAGCAGAGCUGCCUCAUAGGACCAAAGCACUUUACAGGACACUGCCUGGACCGUCACCCUCACUGUCUGGAUUUGUUCUCUCGCCCGCUUUGUGUAACUAUGGGAUGACCGUUCCUCCUUGGGCUUCACUAUACUUUAUAAGGGGGGUAAGCAGCAAACACGUGGCUGCAGGAUAUGUCACCUGUCAUCCAAGUGCUGCUCUCCCACUUUCCGAGCGAUUGACAACGCGCACUCGGACACUAAUAGACAAAGUAACGAUGUGAUUGAUGUGAUUUCUCAGGGUCGAGGGCCACUAUUUACCGCUGCUAUGGGACGUACAAGGACCAGGCUGUAAAUUAGUUCCCUCCUGUCAAACAGCAACAGUCUGACCUGUCAGACAUUUAUCGCGGUCGCUGGGAGACGCUUCUCACACAAAGUUAUGAGACAUGAGAUGGACUGAGUGUUGGGACUUUUGGGGACGUUUCACACUAGCGACCUGCCUGCUUCUAUGGCUCUCGCUACCGACACCGCUUUAGCAACUUUAUGGGAUUGAUCCGAAUGCGCUUUGGGGAGACGCAGCAGACUCUGGGAAAUCCAGUGAAAGAUGAAGCCUCCAGUAUUCCUGGCUCUUUUGAUCUGCUCAAUAGUAAGUGCUGAUGUGAAGCUCGUGUCAAAAAGAAAUUCAGUGGACGGUUGCAUUGACUGGUCAGUGGACUUAAAGAAAUACAUGGCAUUGGCAGGUGAACCCGUGAGAGUGAAAUGUGCCCUCUUCUACAGUUAUAUCAGGACUAAUUAUAGCAUGGCUCAAAGUGCUGGACUCAGGCUUAUGUGGUAUAAAACCAAAGGAGAUCUGGAAGAACCAAUCAUAUUUUCUGUUGUGAGAAUGAGCAAGGAUGAUGAUUCCAUAUGGGUUCAUACAGCAGAAGUGCAAGACAGUGGACUCUACACCUGUGUCCUGAGAAACGCCACUUACUGCAUGAAAGUGUCAAUGUCCUUAACAGUGGCGGAAAAGGAGAUGGGUUUUUGUUACAACAGCAUAAUCCGAUAUUUGGAGAAAGCAGAAGUUACAAAAAAGAAACAACUAAUAUGUCCAGAUAUAGAUGAUUAUAGAACACCAAAUGAAGACCUAGAGGUGGCAUGGUACAAGGAAUGUAAGCCAAAGAAGUGGCGAAGCUUGAUUAUUCAGAAGGGAAAUAGUCUAUUGAUACAAGACGUUCAAAAAGAAGAUGGGGGAAACUAUACUUGUGAACUUAAAUAUGAAGGCAGAUUAAUCAGACGGACAAUUCAGUUAAAGGUAACAGCUUUAUUCACUACCAAGCCUCCCAAGCCAUUGUUCCCUGUGGAGAACCAGCCAAGUGUAAUAGAUGUCCAGCUGGGCAGCCCACUCAGUGUAUUUUGCAGAGCAUUUUUUGGCUUUAGUGGGGAGUCUGGACCCAUGAUCUACUGGAUGAGGGGAGAGAAAUUUAUUGAAGAACUGGAAAAUCAUAUUAAAGAAGGAGUAAUUAGGCUACUGAAAGAGUAUCUUGGAGAAAAAGAAGUGGAACUGGCACUAACGUUUGAUGCUGUGCAGGAAGCAGAUCUUGGUAACUACACUUGCCAUGUAGAAAACCGCAAUGGGCGCAAACAAGCCAGCAUCAUCCUGCGCAAAAAAGAUUUAAAGUACAACAUUGAACUUGCCGGAGGGCUGGGUGCUAUUCUACUUGUGUUUAUCGUGCUUGUCUCUAUUUAUAAAUGCUACAACAUAGAGCUAAUGCUUUUCUACAGACAGAACUUUGGAAGCGAUGAAGCUUCAGAAGACAACAAAGAAUAUGAUGCCUAUCUUUCCUAUACCAAAGUGGAUCCAGAUUCAUUAGAUAAUGAAAGCAAGGAGGAGGAGCAAUUUGCACUAGAAAUCCUUCCGGAUAUUCUGGAGAAACACUAUGGAUACAAACUUUUUAUUCCUGAUCGAGAUAUGAUCCCUAGUCCGACAUACCUGGAAGAUCUUGUCCGAUGCUUUGAGCAAAGUCGUCGAUUAAUCAUUGUCCUGACACCAGACUAUGUGAUCCGGAGGGGAUGGAGUAUCUUUGCACUGGAUAGCCGCCUGCAUAAUAUGCUGACCAGCGGAGAAAUCAAAGUGAUAUUCAUAGAAUGCACUAACUUGAGAGGCAAUGUGAACUAUCAAGAAGUUGAAUCCUUAAAGCAUGCCAUCAAACACCAGUCUUUAGUCAAAUGGGUUGGUCCUAAAAGCAGCAAGAUGAAUUCAAAGUUUUGGAAGCGCUUGGUUUAUGAAAUGCCCUCGAAAAAACGAGAGGUGUUAUCACGACAGCAUGUCCUGGAUAGUGGGGAGCAGUCUCUGUUCGGAGAUCUACAGACUGUACCUUCCAUAGCUGUUACAGGGAACUCUGGCACGUUGGCACCAACUCAGAUUGAUUUGUCUGGUUUCCAUCAUGCAGAUUCACUACAAAUGAGACAUUUUUGUAGAGCUUAUGAAUAUGAAAAGCCAAUGCCACCUUUGCCAGAAGCGACCCUAGGCAAUCACCACACAUACUGCAACAUACCUUUAACUCUGCUCAAUGGCCAGCAGACUCACAACAGUGCAGCAAAGGAACAGCAGGGUUUCCAUGGGAACAUUACAUUGAUACCAUUAUCAUCAAGAGAGCUAAGCUUCACCAGUGAUAUCUGGUAAAAACAAAGAAACAAAAAAAAAAAAAAAUUUGCUGCUGUACAUCUUCUAUGCGGUUUCUUUCUUGCCAGACUUUUAAAGUUUUCCCACAGGGGUGCCGAACGGGGCUUUCAAGCCUUGGCACAUUUACUCGGUUUUGUACUUGAACAUUUUGUUUACAUUUACAGGAUAUUGAUAUUAUGGAUACUGCUUUUUUAGUUCCAACAUAGUUCAGAAAUAAAAUAAAAAAAAGAA